AUGCUUCGAUAAGUAUGUGGCAGUGCCAUAACCGUAGAACCCAUUAAAAAAAGCAAGUCCUCUUGUUCCACACCUAAUAAAGAAUUCCAUAUUGAUCAAAUCAUUCACAAAUAUAUUGGUAUGGAUAGAACUGCUGACACAUUCACUUCUUCCAUUACUACAAUGUUCCAUAACACUCUUCCUGAAGAAAAACAACUUCUAGUUUCUCCAUACAAGAAACUUACUGAAAAGGAUUGUGAAAAAUAUUUUACAACAUUUCAAAGACUUUCUGAUCGAAAAUCUGACAAUUAAGAAAGUCUUCAUUAAGACGAAGAAUUUCAUCAUCUCAAAACAUCCAGUGAUUAUGAUUCCUCUCAUAAUUCAUUGCAUGAAAUUGCACAAAAUCUAGAAUAGGUUUUUGAUUCACCUGAAGGUAAAAAUAAUGGACAUACAGAUAAAAGUCCUGAAUUUUAUAAUCCUGAAACUAAACUUAAAUCUCUCCCAAAAGAACUUCCUAUUAUUGAAGAAAAUGAAGAAAUUAUCAAUACACAUUAAAGAUUAAAUGGACUCAUCACCUAAAUAGAUUAGAAAAUUGGUCUUCAUUAAGUAAAUUAACAAGUUAUUGAAAAAAUUAAAGAAAAAUACCUACCUAAAAAGGAAGAACCAUUAGAAUUCAAAGAUUUCCCUGAAUUCAAUCCAUCAGAUUGGCCUAAAGAUGAUGAUUUAGACAAUCUUAAAAUUGAUUAACCUAAACAACAAUCACCUAAAUAAAUUGUUGUUAAAGAAAUCAGAGUUUAACCUAUUAGAAAUAUAACCUUUAAUUCUAAUGAAUUUAAUGAUUUCAUUUAAGAAUAAUUUCAAACAGAAGAAUAAGAAAAAAAGGAUUAUAAUGUAAAAUAAAAAAAUAAAAAUGAUGAUCAUACAGAAUAAAAAAUAAAAUAAGAUGAUCAAAAUGUGUCUCUAUAAAGAAAGAGUUAAAUUAUGAUAGCUAAAAAUUCAAAAUUCAAAUUACCUAAAUUAAGUGAACAAUAAAUAAGAAUGACAACUAAAGCAAUAGUAAUUUUAUUGAUAUUGACAAUUUUAUCACAAUUAUUUACUCUAAUAUUAUGA